UCUUCCCCAGAGGAGCAACCUUCUGUAGGGAGGGGAGCGUCCCUCCUAGCUCUGUGUGGAGUUAUUUAAAUCCUGGAUGCAGAAAGACUCAACUUAUUCCCAGCCUCUGGAGGGAAGGGGGCCUAUAUGGCUGUCCAGCUGGCUUCUAAGAAGGAUUUGAAUUCCUUUAUCACUGGGAACUUUGUUUUAUUUGGAUUCAGCCAGGACUGACGUGUCAAAAGUACUUGAAAUUUUAUAUCUCCACACACCCCUGCUGCGGUCCUUGCCAUAGGGGGAGAGAAGCUGCUUGAAAGAGUUGGUUCUUCCUUGCCAUGAGUGGAAUUUCAUGUGGUUGAUUCUCUCCCUUCCACUCCUUUAUAACUUAUUCUACGAUCCCUCCUUCUUCUAUUCUGCCCUGGCAGGGCAUGUCCCGCUCUAACAGUGUGAGCCCUCCGGGGUUUGGGGCCCCUGCUGCGCCCAGAGGUGGAGGUACAGAACAACAUCGCUCUGCCUGGGGAGAAGCUGAAUCCAGAGCUAAUGGCUAUUCCUACCCUCUCCCUACCAGGGCCUCGGUCAAGAAAUCAUCCCGUAUGGCAAGCAGGUGGAGGAGUGAGGAAGAGUAUGAGCUGCCAAGCAGCAGGAACCAUGGGGUAAGUGGCUGCAGGAUGAUGAGCUUCAGGUCCAAGUCUGCUUGGCAGGAUCAUGGGGGUGACAAGAGCCACACAGGAAACCCCUCCCUUGCCACCAGUCCUAGGCGCUAUGGUGGGGAGCAGGGUGAGGUGCGUCCACGCUCCGUGGAACUGGGGCUAGAGGAGAAGCGGAUCAAGGCCAAGAUCGAUGAGCUGGCAGAGGAGGAGGACCAGCUGGAUGAUGAAGGGGGGUCUGAGAUGGUCUUCUCCAUGGGCAGCUGCUGUGGUAGCCUGCUGCAGAUCUUCAGGUCGAAGAAGUUCCAGUCGGAGAAGCUGGAGCACCUCUACCAGCGCUAUUUCUUCCGUCUCAACCAGAGCAGCCUGACCAUGCUGAUGGCGGUGUUAGUUUUGGUAUGUCUGGUCAUGCUGCUCUUCCACACGGUUCACGGCCACUACCAGGUACCCUAUGUGGUGGUGCUGUCCCUGGCCAUCCUGGGGAUGGUAAUCCUGGGUGCUGUCUGCAAUCGCAAUGAUUUCCACCAGGACCACAUGUGGCUCAUGUGCUACUCUGUCAUUCUGGUGGUAUUGGCUGUGCAAGUGGUCGGCUGUUUGCUGAUGCAGCCCAGGAGUGCCUCGGAGGGCAUCUGGUGGACUGUCUUUUUCAUCUACAGCAUCUACACCCUGCUGCCAGUUAGGAUGAGGGCUGCGGUUAUCAGCGGAGUGGUGCUGUCUGCCAUCCACCUGGCCAUUUCUCUCAAAAUUAAUGCUGAAGACAAGUUUUUAUUGAAACAGCUGGUGUCCAACAUCCUCAUCUUCAUCUGCACAAACAUUGUAGGAGUGUGCACACACUAUCCAGCUGAGGUGUCCCAAAGACAGGCAUUUCAGGAGACCAGGGAAUGCAUUCAAGCUCGUCUACAUUCUCAGAGAGAAAACCAGCAGCAGGAGCGCCUCCUGCUCUCCGUACUUCCCCGUCAUGUUGCCAUGGAGAUGAAAGCUGACAUUAAUGCCAAAAAAGAAGAUAUGAUGUUUCAUAAAAUUUACAUCCAGAAGCAUGACAAUGUCAGCAUUCUCUUUGCAGACAUUGAAGGUUUUACCAGCUUGGCCUCCCAGUGCACCGCUCAGGAGCUGGUGAUGACGCUGAAUGAACUCUUUGCCAGAUUUGAUAAACUUGCAGCUGAGAACCACUGUUUACGUAUAAAGAUCCUAGGGGAUUGCUAUUACUGUGUAUCUGGGUUACCUGAAGCAAGAGCAGACCAUGCACACUGCUGUGUUGAAAUGGGAAUGGAUAUGAUAGAAGCCAUCUCAUUAGUGCGGGAGGUGACGGGCGUCAACGUGAACAUGCGAGUUGGGAUCCACAGCGGGAGAGUUCAUUGUGGUGUCUUGGGCCUCAGGAAAUGGCAGUUUGAUGUGUGGUCAAAUGAUGUCACGUUAGCCAAUCACAUGGAAGCAGGUGGCAAAGCAGGGCGAAUCCACAUAACAAAAGCUACACUGAACUAUCUGAAUGGUGACUAUGAAGUGGAGCUGGGUUUUGGAGGGGAACGUAAUGCUUACCUCAAGGAGCAUAGCAUAGAGACCUUCCUCAUUGUACAAUGCAGCCAAAAAAGGAAAGAUGAGAAAGCAACAAUAGCCAAGAUGAACCGUCAGCGCACUAAUUCCAUUGGCCACAACCCACCACACUGGGGAGUGGAUCGCUCCUUUUACAACCAUCUUGGCAGUAACCAAGUGUCUAAGGAGAUGAAAAGAAUGGGUUUUGAAGAUCCAAAAGACAAGAAUAUCCAGGAAAGCAUGAAUCCGGAAGAUGAGGUGGAUGAGUUUCUAGGACGUGCAAUUGACGCCAGAAGUAUUGACCGGUUACGUUCUGAACAUGUUCGCAAGUUUCUAUUAACAUUCAGGGAGCUUGACUUGGAGAAGAAGUACUCCAAACAGGUGGAUGAUCGAUUUGGUGCAUAUGUGACUUGUGCCUCGCUAGUCUUCCUCUUCAUCUGCUUUGUUCAAAUCACAAUUGUGCCACACUCCGUGUUUAUGCUGGGAUUUUACCUGACCUGUUUUGUGAUCCUGACUACAGUAGUAUUUGUUUCUGUCAUUUACUCCUGCGUAAAGCUUUUUCCAGCUCCACUCCAAACGCUUUCCCGGAAGAUUGUUCAGUCCAGGACCAAUAACACUAUCGUUGGGGUCUUCACCAUUGUACUGGUUUUCCUCUCAGCCUUUGUCAACAUGUUCACAUGCAGUACCUUGGAUCUCCUUGAUUGUGUGGCUGCAGAAUAUAACAUCACCCCACAAAGGGUGAACGUGUGCCAUAUUAGCAACAUUUCCUCCAACUAUAGCCUGGGGACAGUGCAGGGGCUCUGUGCUAGCUCUCAGCCAAGCUGCAACUUUCCAGAGUAUUUUACCUAUAGUGUCUUACUGAGCCUCCUGGCCUGCUCUGUGUUCCUUCAGAUCAGCUGCAUUGGGAAACUCAUUUUGAUGUUGAUUAUUGAAUUUAUAUAUGUCCUCAUUGUGGAAGUGCCGGGGCUUACCCUCUUUGAUAAUGCAGAUCUUCUGGUUACAGCCAAUGCCAUUGUGUUUUCCAAUGGGACUGACAGUUGUCCUCCUAGUGUUUCCAGGGUGGCCUUGAAGAUUGUGACCCCUGUAGUUAUCACAGUUUUUGUCUUGGCGGUAUAUCUUCAUGCUCAGCAGGUGGAAUCCACAGCACGGCUUGAUUUCCUUUGGAAGCUCCAGGCUACUGAAGAAAAGGAAGAAAUGGAGGAGCUGCAGGCCUACAACAGACGGCUCCUCCAUAACAUCUUGCCAAAGGAUGUUGCAGCCCACUUCCUUGCACAGGAGCGGCGGAAUGAUGAGCUGUACUACCAGUCGUGCGAGUGCGUGGCUGUGAUGUUCGCUUCCAUCAGCAACUUCUCCGAAUUCUAUGUAGAAUUAGAAGCCAACAAUGAAGGGGUGGAGUGCUUGAGGCUUCUCAACGAAAUCAUUGCUGACUUCGAUGAGAUAAUAAGUGAGGACCAGUUUCGACAGCUGGAAAAGAUCAAAACUAUAGGCAGCACCUACAUGGCUGCUUCAGGUCUUAAUGAUUCCACCUAUGACAAAGCAGGCAAAACACACAUCAAGGCCCUGGCUGACUUUGCAAUGAGGUUAAUGGAUCAAAUGAAAUACAUCAAUGAGCAUUCGUUCAACAACUUCCAGAUGAAAAUAGGGCUCAAUAUUGGCCCAGUAGUAGCUGGGGUCAUAGGCGCGCGUAAGCCCCAGUAUGAUAUUUGGGGGAACACUGUGAAUGUAGCCAGUCGAAUGGACAGCACAGGAGUACCCGAUAGGAUUCAGGUAACCACAGACAUGUAUCAGGUUUUAACGGUGAACAGCUAUCAACUAGAAUGCCGAGGGGUCGUUAAGGUCAAAGGUAAAGGAGAAAUGACCACCUACUUCCUAAAUGAAGGCCCGCCAGCCAGUUAGCAGUAGUGUGCAAGAAUUGACUCAAGAGUGGCUCAGUUUGAUCCAAACACAAUAAUAAAUGGGAGGAAAAUCCCGUUUAGCAGUGAAUCUAUUAUCAAGGCAUGGCUGAGUAUUUCAUGUGAUGCCUUCCUAGCAGGAUUGUGUGCAAGAAAAAACACUGCGUGGGCUACAUAGCACACAAUUCAGAAGUUCCCUAGCACUGGUGUGGAUUUCUUUUCUAGAUUGAGUGUAAGUGAAUUGACCAAAGAUUUAUGCUUAAUGGAAUUCCAAGACGAAGACACGGAUCUGAGAUCUUCAAUGAGGCUGCUACGCAGGAUUUAAGAUAUUUAAGUAUUUAUUUGAAGUAACACAAAUGUUUUUACUUGGUUUGAAGGAAAGUAUGAUUCAUUGCAACACAAGAAAAAAAAUGAACAGCAUUACUUUGGAAAGGCUGUGCACUCCCAUACUAUUUCUGGUCUGUGCUGUCAGCUCCUUAAAGUGUGCCACUGUUCUUUUAUUAGCUGUUUGAGUGGGCUUUUAAAAUUAAAAAUACCGCCCACUAUUGCUCUACACAAAGGGCCUUUUUUAUGAUGCCAUCUGUAAUGUUUUUAAAUGGAAAAGAUGCCUUGUUACGUACUCUCGCCAUCCGUACCCUUACACAGAUAUGAGGUUCCUUCUUUUUUUACCAGGACUGACGUAUUGAAAGGAGACAGAGAAAUGCUUAUAGUGAGGAAAAGCGACUUUUCAAAUAUAUUUAUUAAAUAGAAAGGCCUUCUCACUCCUGUUCGGUGCAUAUCAACAUGAAACACUUGGACAAAGAAUUUCCUCUGAAAUGUAUGGGAUUGUUGGAUUGGCGGAGAGGGGGAUUUUGUAUUUUGUAAUAUGAGAUACUGAGAUCUAACAAAUAUACCAAAAUUCUAUAUUUUGAAAAUUGUGUGUGUUAAAACAGUCACCCCAAUUGAGCAGCAGUGAUCCACAUGUGGAUCUGCUGUAGUGGGGUGCACCAAACUGCUGUGUGAAGGUGUGGCAAGGGUAACCUCCCUUCCAGCAACUUAACUGAGCACCUGGCAACUAGCACACCAUCUAUCAACUGUCAGGCAGGGCGGGGACAUCUAGACUCAUCCCUGUACCUCCUAAUAGUUGAUUUGCAUCUAGGACAGAAGCCCCCCUCUCUCUCUCUCUCUCUGAUGAUAAAUGCUGUUGUAAAGAGGCACCCAGGCGGAGUCUAAUCACGCCUUUCCCCUCCUGGUUCCUUGAGAGUUGAUUAGGGUUAGAUGUUUCUGCCUUCCGCCAAUGUCUCUCUGAGUCUAGCAGUAGGUGUGAAGCCUUCUGCUGUGCUCAUAGUUCUUAAGAUUGGGGCCAGGGGCUGUGUGCACAAGGACACAUUGGGAGAUGUACAUAAGCUAUAGAAUUGUGUGAUGUUCUUUUCAUUAUUUUCUGAGUUGCAGACUUGGCAGUUUUCAGACAAACACUGUACAGUUCAGGAAACAAGCAAAAACGGCAACAGAAGGGCCUCCAGGUUGUAAAGUGUGUGAAAGCUAUGACUAAGCAGAGAAGGAACUCAAGAGCUAGCCCAGCUAAGUUCAUUCCUGACGUUGGAAGGAGUUGAGUGUCAGAGCUAAGUAUGUGUCCACAAUUCUGAAAUUUGUUCGUCAAGGGCACUCUGACAAAAGCCACUUCCAGUGUGCAUCUGCACUGUAGCAGAAGAGGAAUUAAAAAAAAAAAUCAAAUCAAGAUUUUUAAAAAAGAAUGUGAAUGUUUACAGUUUGUAUAAUAACUGUAUAAGUAAGUUCUACAGAACAUUACCAAAUUUUUGCUCUCUUGAAUUGACGUGGGAGUUAUAUUCCAUUAUUGAUUCACAUAUUAUGAAUUUCAGUUUGAACAUUUAUAGAGAAAUCCUAUGCUCAGAAGUAGCUCCCACUGUGUUUGAUGGGGCGUAUGCCCAGGAAAGUGUUAUAGGAUUGCAGCCUAAGGAGAUUUUUCAAACCAAAUGAUUAAUUGUAUUGAUUGGUUCUCUGCAGAUGUUGAGAUGGCCUAUCCUGCUGGGGGAAAAAAAAUGGGACUUGAUUUUUAAAAACUGGGAGGUUAUUAAUACAUGUUUGGGUGAAAUAAAUACAUUUUGAACUUUUAAAGGAAAAGUCCCCUUCAUAUUUUAUUAAAAUAUAUAUAUAAAAGCAUAAAAACCUAUAUUUUUGUAUUUCAGUCAGGGAAAAUUUUUGAUAUUGAAUUUGGCUAUCUUAAAAAGGACUUCAACAUUUUGACAUUUUUUCCACUCUUCUCAGGGCAGAAUUUCCAUAAUUUUCCUAACCUAACAGUUUCCUAAUGCUGGCAAUUGUGACGUGAGGUUUUAUGUUUCUCUUUGACCAAGAAACGAGAUAAAAUCCAUGGUCUCCGUGAAUUUGUUAUAUUGCUCAAGACAACUGAAGCAUCAAGCAGUUUUGAAACUAGAGCUUCAGUUACAUCCCCCUUCCCUUUCACCCUCCACUUUUCCGUUAGGGCACAUCCUGGAACAGUAUUGUAGCCGGACUUCUAGAAAACUGCCAAGUCAGCCCUUGUACUAUAAUUAUAAUUUU